AUGCUGGUUGGACUUUGUGGCGGCAUAUGUUCUGGGAAGCGCACAGUAGCCAAGUACCUCGAGGAACAUCACGGCUUCACACCUCUAUAUCUUAGCCAACAAGGUGCAGUGGAUGAAUUAGCCUCGGCCACGCAGAAUGGCAUUGACAAGGGAGAAUCAGAUACAGAGGACAGCAAGGUGUCGCUAAGAACUAUCCCACGAUAUGAUCGCAGUUCCGCGAACCACAGCUUCGACAAUCCAGAAGACCUUCUCGAUUUUGUCACCAAACGUUGGAGGGAGCGCUGGGUUACAACCGAUAUCCACACCGAAUCGAUUCUCGACAAACUUUUACGGCGCCCUUUCUUCAUACUAGUAAGCGUUGAUGCGCCGGUUAGCGUACGGUGGAAGCGGUGUCAGGAACAGCUUCGAAAGUCUGGAUCAUCUGCUGAAAACCUCUCCCUCGAAGACUUCCUUAUCAAAUCGGACGAACAUCUCUACAAUCCGGAAUUCGGUCUUCUCCCUCUGAUAUCUCGAGCCACUAUACGACUACUGAACACUUCGAGCAAUUUGGCACAUCUAUAUGCGACUCUUGGGAAGCUUGACCUGACGAACGAAGACCGAUUGAGACCAAGCUGGGAUCAGUACUUUAUGCAACUGGCAUCUUUGGCCGCGCAGAGAAGUAACUGUAUGAAGCGUCGGGUUGGAUGUGUGCUUGUCAGAGAAAAAAGAGUCGUCAGCACUGGGUAUAAUGGUACGCCUAGAGGUCUCAAGAAUUGCGGAGAGGGUGGUUGUCCCAGAUGCAACGAAGGGCAAGGCUCCGGAUUUGGUCUCGGCACAUGCUUGUGUCUCCACGCAGAGGAGAAUGCUCUUCUAGAAGCAGGCAGAGAGCGGAUUAGAGAGGGUGCCAUCUUGUACUGUGACACAUGUCCGUGCUUGACUUGCAGUAUCAAAAUAGCUCAAGUCGGCAUAAGUGAAGUUGUUUACAGUCAAGGUUAUAGUAUGGAUGGAGAGACAGCAGAUGUCUUUAAACAAGCCGGUGUACGGUUAAGACAGUUCAUACCGCCGGCUAAUGGCUUGAUACAUCUGGAGAAGCCAUCAUUGUACUAG